AACCGUGGGUUUCCAUUUCACUGUCGCACACGUGCGCUCGUGAUAAGGGUGGUGAACGUUGGCUUGGGAUGCCGGUUUCAUUCAUAUCUCGGCGCAAGAGCCUUUGUUUUGUUCUCUUGUCGACGGCUUUGUCCGACUGCCUUCGCUUUCAACACACGCAACCUUCACUAAUACGCCCACACACACCCGAAAAAAUUCUUAAAUUCAAAUAUAGCAACAUGACUUCACAUGGGAUCGCUACCGGUAAUGACCGGAAGUUCAAUUGGGAUGAUGAUGACGAUGACGACUUUGAUCUGGAUACUUGGAAAGCCACUGUUGAUACUUCUUCACCAAGUGUUGACGAACUUGGCCCACUUCAACUAUCGCGUUGCGAAGAGAGUAUGGAAACUACUUCAUCGUAUACAUCAGAACACGACACCGAUGGAGACGCACAUUUGGAGCCUUUGACCUCGCAUGCCACCAAUAUGGCCCUUGACCAGUCACUGGAUAUUGACCUAGAGGACGGACACGCACCUGAGCUAGAAGCUGUUGAAGCAUCGUCGGAAGCCGUAUGCAGCAACAUUAUCAACAUUAUUACGGAAGAAGAGAUUAAUUUCGCACGUCAUGAGUACCUUACUCACGCUAUUGGUAUAUACUAUGACGGCAAGGACGAGGUUGAUGUACCGGCAUAUCCCGAACUGAGCUCUUACAAUGGUCAACGGUACCGAUAUGCAAAGGCAUUCCAAAAUGUUAGCCAAUUGACUGGAAGGAAAAAAGCACAAGUAUAUCGCCAUUCACCAUUGGUGUUUGUGACAGGGAUUGAGGAAGCGCAUUUGAUCGGCAACAGAAGAAGGUACGAAAACAUCUAUAGAGAGGAAGCAACAGAAAGCCAAAACAUGGACUUGUAUGAGCCACCAGAGCUGCAGGAGCCGCAGCCGGAUUUCAACAUCAUCUAUGAAGAAGAGGAACAGCAGAAUGCAAAUGAGCAAGUUGCGCCACGGAGAACACCAGCUCAAGAACACUUUUCGAGAGACGAGCUAAAGGAGUUGAUCGGCAUGUGGAAAGCACAACUAGAAAGGGAUGGCGCCGAAGAAUCUGAAGAGGAAGAGGAAGAAGAGGACUCAAGUUCCAUCGAUACAUGGGAGAAGAGCGACGAAGAUGAAGAAGAAACAUUCGAGCCACUUGAAACCGAGCUUGAUGACGAGAACAUGUUCUCCGUCGUUCGACCCCUAGAACCCAGAGCUUCCACCCACAACGAGGAGCUCGACUUCAACGACGUUGUUUUCUGCGCUGAAUCUGAAUACGAUACUGGAGGCCGCGACGAAGGAUACAUGUCUUCAUCUCCACCGAUAUCACCUGAUGUAGGCACCUGUAUUGAUGGGUGCGAUUGGCAAGCGCAACGUGUCGAGGCUUCGGUUCGCCCAAAAAGGGCGGUACGCAUCGACUCUAUGGAUGCACUUGAUACUCUGGCGACUAUUGAGGAGUACGGUGCAUCGGAUGAUGAUACUUACGACGAAGAAGAGAAGGCGACAGAGAAGGCGAAAAGGAGGCAAGAUAAGGCCGAAAUCGACGAUCGCAACGACAUUUUAUUGGAUACUGACAAUCACAAUGAGCCCGCUAUAACAAUACAGUCAUUCAACGAGAAAGGAGAAAACUGCAGCACUUCUGCUAUUGAGGCAGCACUAUGGAAAGAGCUAAGCAAGGACCACUCUGUCUCCCAUCUCACUAUCACACCUUCAACCUGCCCCGAGCAAACAAAACAGCAACACCAACACCAACACCACCACCACCACCAAAAACAACAACAACAACAAACACUUCCCGCUGCCUACAUCAGUAGCGUUCUCACCACAAGCUUCCUUUACAUCAGCAUUCUAACUGCUGGAGCCGUCAUCAGAGGCUCCAUGAGCGCCGCCACCCCUUGCGACACCUGAGCACCAAAGUUGGACUGAAAAUCGUGUAAUUUCCACCACAGCAAUUCUUGGCAUUUUCCUGCAAUGGCGUUUUAUACCCCCUCUGAUUACUUUUUUGAUUUUCAUGUUCUCGGUUUUCCAUUAUCGAAUUUCAAUUCUUU